AUGGCUGCUCAGCUUACCCCAUCGAAGCAGGCUGCUUCCUCCCUCGAGAACCUCAAGAUGACCGACUCCCCUAUUAUGAAGCUCAACUUUGAGUCUGUCGGCAAAGAGAACGUCGCCACCGCCAUCAAGCCCGUCGACGCGUCCACUGAGAAGGCCGUCGUUGAGGCCCCCAAGACUGCUCCUGGUAUCAAGGCCCUUGAAGCCGAUGAGCCUCUUCUGCAGGAGAACCCCCACCGCUUCGUCCUUUUCCCCAUCAAGUACCACGAGAUUUGGCAAAUGUACAAGAAGGCCGAGGCUUCUUUCUGGACCGCUGAGGAAAUUGAUCUGUCCAAGGAUCUGCACGAUUGGCACAACCGCCUGAACGACGAUGAGCGUUACUUCAUCUCCCAUGUUCUUGCUUUCUUCGCCGCCUCCGACGGUAUCGUCAAUGAGAACCUGCUUGAGCGUUUCAGCGGAGAGGUUCAGGUCCCCGAGGCUCGCUGCUUCUACGGUUUCCAAAUCAUGAUGGAGAACAUCCACUCCGAGACCUACUCCCUGCUCAUUGAUACCUACAUCAAGGAGCCCAAGCAGCGCACCUACCUUUUCGAUGCCAUUGAUACCAUUCCCUGCAUUGCCAAGAAGGCUAAGUGGGCUAUGAACUGGAUCCAGGAUAAGGACUCCACCUUCGCCCAGCGUCUGGUUGCCUUCGCCGCCGUUGAGGGUAUCUUCUUCUCCGGUUCCUUUGCCUCCAUCUUCUGGUUGAAGAAGCGUGGUCUCAUGCCCGGUCUUACUUUCUCCAACGAACUCAUCUCUCGUGACGAGGGUCUCCACACUGACUUUGCCUGCUUGCUGUUCUCCCACUUGAACAACCGCCCCAGCCAGGACAAGGUUCAGGCCAUUAUUGUUGAGGCUGUUGCCAUUGAGCAGGAGUUCCUUUCUGACUCCCUGCCCUGUGCUCUGCUCGGCAUGAACUCCAAGCUCAUGUGCCAGUACAUUGAGUUCGUCGCCGAUCGUCUCUUGCUCGCCCUUGGCAACAAGAAGUACUACAACGCCACCAACCCAUUCGACUUCAUGGAGUCUAUCUCCUUGGCCGGAAAGACCAACUUCUUCGAGAAGCGUGUCGGUGACUACCAGAAGGCCGGCGUUAUGGCUAGCACCAAGAAGGAUGCUGAUGGUGAGAAGAUGCCUGCCAGUGAGGGCCUCAACUUCGAUGAGGACUUCUAG